AUGGCUUCAUUAGGAAGAGUCGACAGCCACCUCUCAUUAGCCGCCAGUUAUUGGGGAUUCCAAGUCCGUGCGGACUCCGGUCUUAAUGCCGAGACAGGGAUCGAUCACCAGACAAAAGUACUCAAAGCCCUCAAAGUCGCGCACGGGAGAUCUUCCUCGUGCGCCCAGACUGCUACUGUGAUCAUCGAAAUCGACCACACCGAGCAGUUUGGGAAGCUUUCCAGCUGCCAGUAA